AUGGACAGCGAUACCUGGAUAGCUCAGGCGAGCUGGAAUGGGGUUGUUGACAUAGAUCGAGCUCCUUCGCCCAACCCACGACCAUCGAAGAGGGCAAGACAAUCAACGACGUUUCCAGAAGGCCAAAUCGCAGACGUUGACGACGUCGAUCAGGCUUGGCUGCAGCAAGAGCUUGCAACUAGCAAUUGGAUAGAGGGCGACCAAGACUGGCUGAAUCUCGAUAUCAAUGGCAACGACUAUGGAGAAUGGGUGGACGACAGCACGCAGCUGUACACCGAGCUAUCUAGCGAAAACGAGACGUGGGAGCUUUCGCUCAGCCAGAUUCCUACUGGCGCACUUUCGAGCACCAGGGGGAAGAUGAUGCAGACGGGAUGCAUACCUUGUCUCGUGAAAGGAAUACCAUGCGAUCCGCGUAAUCCAGCUUGCAAACGUGCCAUGUCCGAUGAUUGGAACCUGAACUACCAAGACGAAGAUCAUGAGAGCUCAAGCUCAACACCAGAGUCUCUGGCUCUUGGCGCAUAUCGACCAGAUCUUACCUGGCGACGGAAUUGGCGUGAGCGACAUAGUCUGAACUUCUUUGUGAGCUUCACUGCGCCACAAAUGGCAGGGUUCUUUGACUCGACAUUCUGGCAGAAGAUGGUGAUACAGACAUCGUACCACCAACCUGCGAUACUACAUGCCAUUACAGCAAUCGGAGCUUUGCAUGAAGCCAUUAUACAACGUGCGUUCGCAGACGAGAAGCGGAAAUCUCAAGCAAUGGAAUUUGCUCUGAACCAGUGUAAUCGGGCCAUCGCUUCUCUCACAAAUGCUCAAGCUCGCUCUGGCGGUCAAGCGCCUAAUUCGAGAAUUGCACUCACAACCUGUGUGCUGUUCACCUGCUUCGAAGCGAUGCAGGGUCGUUGCGAUAGUGCCGUUAGUCACGCUUUACAAGGUCGACGCCUACUACAGGCCGCAGGACAUGGCAGCUUGGCCAGCACAGCAACUAGCGUAGACGACGAUAUCGAGCAGAUGAGACCACUGGUAGAACGACUAGAAGUCCAAGCGACCGCAUUGCUGGACAAAGCUAAACGACCAGAGACAGACUCCGACUACACGACGCUACCACAAGUUGACCUAAUCUUCAGCUUGGACCAUGCACACAAUGCUUUGCACCACGCAUUGAAUAGCAUCAUGCGCUUCAUGCAAAGUUUCCAGCCAACUGGGUCAAGCGAAGAACUUGCACAGAGCAAAGCCAAGAAAUACUUACGCUAUGCUCCCUGGUUCCAGCAAUGGGAGAGUGCUUUCACGGCCUUCCUCGCCGACAACAGAGACUUCAUGGUCAAUAUGGACUUCAAGCGAGCUAUGGUGCUAAAGGCGAAUCAUCUCGUUGGCACAAUGCUUGCUUCAGUGGACCAGUCUGCAGGACCAGUGGCCUAUGAUCCGUACGAAACAGAGUUCCGUGCAAUUGUCGACCUUUCGCGUGAAGUACUGGCGACUUUCUCUUGUCCACCGCUCCCUACACUGAGCGGUGGCGCAGCGGGAGCGCCGUACCUCUCAUUCUCGCUAUGGGUGACCGAUCCACUGUGGAUGGCCAUCUCAAGAUGUCGAAACCCUAGCAUUCGACAAGCCGCAUUUACUCUGCUGUCCCAGAACCCACGCCAAGAAGGUAUAUGGCAUGCCGGGCCUCAGCUCUCCAACAAUCGAUAUAUGCGGCGAGUCGAGGCAAACCAAAGCCGAUUGAAGGAGACCGUCAAGGGCAAGAAACCACCGGCCAACCAGCCCGAACGGUCCACGUAUGACGACAGUGAUGAUGAGGACGACAACGCACACAACGACAAUGAGACAAAUGGUCGCGACAAGCGGACAGAGGUAGCAGAGGAGACCCAUGCAUCUACUUCUCGCGAGGGCACUGUCAGAGAAGAGUGGGUCGACCUUCGUGCCGCCGUCAGGCAAGCUACUGAAAGUACGUACCUGCUGACAACGAUCUCCAGCAAAAAACAACAGGGCUAA